AUGCGGGACGUCGUUGAGCAAGGAAACUACAUUCCGCUAGAUCAAGCAGGAAACGAGAAACCCAGAGCACAAUGGACUGAAGAGCCAAAACAAAGAUUUAUGCUGAACUCCAAAGCAUGCAACGUGCUCAUGUGUGCUCUGUCCGAGGAAGAAUACAAUCAAGUUCACAGCUUUAGAAGUGCCAAAAAGAUGUGGGACACCCUAGCUCUGACGUACGAGGGGUCUCUAGAGGUAAAACACAACAAGCUAAGCUUGUUGGCACGUAAGUAUGAACUUUUUGAAAUGGAAGAAAGCGAAUCUAUACAGACUAUGUUUGGAAGAUUCCAAACCAUUGUUAAUGAGCUUUCCUUCCUAGGCAGAACUUAUGAUAACUUUGAUCAUAUUGACAAAUUACUUCGUAGUUCACCCAAGAAAUGGAGACCACAAGUUACCGCUCUAAGAACAUCCCAAAAUCUGGAAAAGCUCUCUCUAGAGGAGCUCAUUGGACUACUUAAAGUUCAUGAGUUGGAGUUCUAA